AUGGAUUUUAUGCCGACUGGUUAUUUACCCGAUAGCGUUUAUAGAGAACUAGCUUGGUAUGGUAUUCUGCAAAUUCAACCACUGCAUCACAGUGCCAAACACAAAGUUGCUGCCCAGUUAAUUUGGCAGCACACUCUUGGGAGACCUCAUGUUAUAUUGGAAAACCCUCCUCAGUCCACUCAAUCGCCAGGUAAGAUAAGCCGACAGAUACUGGCGGAGGAGGCGGCGAAGUGGUCAAGGGAACAGCGAGCCGCCCAAGAAGUGCUGAUGGAGAAUAUCAAGAGUGGCGGUAACGGGUUAACCGUGAGAACGGUUAUCAGCGCUCAGAAGAAAACCACUUACAUCAUACAGAAUGGUAAUUACUACAGAUGUCCCGACGGCUCUGAACCAGAUCUAGAUGCUUAUAGAGUCCAAGCGAACAUGCACGAACGAAAAUGCACGUUUGGAAGACAAUCCAUUCCAGUACCGGUCGAUCCCUGCAUAGAGGCCGAAGUGGCGCCAAUAGAAUACUCUUUCCACGAAGGUUGGAUGUUCUGCCUCGGUAAUGGCGAGAGAGAAAACAAUUAUUUCCAAAACGGAACAUUGGACUGUGGGAACAAAACUAAGGUGCCCGUUCAUGAGUUUCUAGAUCUAUGCGCCAUCGACAAUAACAUUGUUAUAACAUUUGAUUACUUCGGUGACGAGCCACGAAAAGACAUGAUGCACAAUGCGACAUUGUGCACUUCUUGGGAUCCAUGCCGAUUGUCUUAUUUGUAUCGACUUGAGCCGCCUCCAGUCGAAAUGACGCCAUCCUUCCCUACCACAACGCCUAAUCCAUGCGAGAUAACAGUGUGCCCAGAUUGCUUGGAUGGGGUCACAGAAAGGAUCGGAGAAGUUAUUGAAGUGGACUCAGAGGAUAAAAAAAAUGUGGGAUCUAAAUCAAAAGAUUUUGAUAUCUAGCAAGAUGUU